CGAGGCAUUGUUCCGUGCUCAAGGGCUUCGGAGGUCAACUAUACAAUGCUGUCCACAUUCGUCGCGCUUCUCGCGAUCCUGUCCACGCUACUGUUUUGGUGGGCACGACGGAUCUUCACGUUCUGGCAUGGCAAGGGAAUAGCACAUCUUACCUUCUGGCAGUACAUGCGCUUCGCCUACGACAUCUACACCAAGCCACUCAACGAGGUACUCCGCAGUGCCUAUAGGCGACAUGGUCGUGUGUACGCCUCCUACCAGGGCACAGUGCCAACUCUAGUGGUUGGUGAUGCAGAUAUCUUGCGCGAGAUCCUGGUGACGAAAUUCAGGAACUUUUCGGACAGAUCGCUGUCUCAGACCGUGGGAAGUGACGUGUGGAAGAAGUCCAUCCUGAACCUUUCUGGGGAUGAAUGGAAGAAAGCGCGAGCAAUCUUCACGCCUGCUCUCACCGCAACCAGGUUGAAGACGAUUUUGGCCAAGAUGAAACCCAUUGCUGGAAGGAUGACAUCACGAAUCGUGGAUGCGGCAACCAAAAACAAACCUGUAGACUUCUUCGAGCUCGCCAGCAACACGUCCCUCGACAUCACAGCUGCUCUGAACUACAGUGUCGACAUGGAUAGCGAGAACGACCGGGACCAUCCCCUUAUGAAAUGUCUUGAAGCUAUCUAUAUGGGUCCCAGUGGCUGGAGAGUCGUGAUGUUGUUUCUCAUGACGACUUUGUACAAGGCUCUACAACCUGAUUAUCCUCCGAAGUCAAGCACCGAUGUAUUCAAGGCAUUCGUGUCACACUUAAUCGAAGAGAGGAAGUCGAAGAACAAGGAAGAAGACGACUUUCUUCAGGUGUUUAUGAACGCCGACUACAACUGGGAAUACGAAACAGAGAACAAAUCUGACAGAUCUGAAAUAAAGAAAAUGUCGUUGGAUGAAAUAACAGCCCAGGGUAUAGUGUUCUUCGUUGCUGGAGUAGAGAGCGUCUCGACCACCCUCGCUGCUACCACUUACUACCUGGCCCUUAAUCCUGACUGUCAAGACAGAGUCAUUGCAGAGGUAGACAAGGCACUCGCAAAGGGUGAACUCACAUACGAUUAUCUGCAAGAGAUGCAGUAUCUCGAUGCUUGCAUCAAGGAGGCUAUGAGACUUUGCACUCCCGAUUCAAUAAGCUUGAGGGUCUGUACGGAGGAAACUACGGUGGCUGGCAUCCACUUCAAGCCAGGCAUGUGCGUCGACAUUCCUUUGGUCGGAAUCCACCAUGAUCCAGAAUAUUUUCCUGAACCGGAGAGGUUCAAUCCAGAGAGGUUCAUGCCGGAAAACAAAGAUGUCGUGAGACCGUUCACUUACAUGCCUUUCGGGGCAGGACCACGUAACUGCGUCGGCAUGCGCCUCGGCUUGCUUCAGGUUAAGACAACUCUCGCUUGUCUACUUCAGCACGUAAGGUUCGAGACUUGCUCUGAAACAAUGAUACCUCUAAAGUUCAAGCCGGGACAACUUCUUCCUAACUUCGACGGUCCAUUGCUUCUUCAGGCAGUGCCCCUCCGAUCGUUUCAACGUCUGCGCAAACACGAACGUGGCGUAAGAGUACGUGCAACGACAAACUUUACGCACCGCUCAGCGAGGAAUUGUUCUGUGCUCAGAGACUUCGGAGGAAUACGCACCAUGUUGGCCGCCUUCGUCGCACUUUUCGCGCUCUUAUUGACGGGUGUCCUUUGGUGGGUACGACGGAUGUUUACCUUUUGGAAGGGCAAAGGAAUCACAUAUCUUACUUUCUGGCAGUACAUGCGCUUCGCCUACGACAUCUACACCAAGCCGCUGAACGACGUAGUUGCUCGGGCCUAUACAAGAUAUGGUCGUGUAUACGGCUCCUACCAGGGCACAGUGCCAACUCUAGUGGUUGGCGAACCGGACAUCUUGCGCGAGAUCCUCAUAACAAAAUUCAAGCACUUUGCGGACAGAUCGUUGUCCCAAACAGUGGGAAGCGAUGUUUGGAAGAAGGCCAUGAUGAACCUUCAUGGUGAGGAAUGGAAGAAGGUGCGAACAGUCUUUACCCCAGCACUCACCACAACCAGGUUGAGGACGAUAAUGGCCAAGGUGAAAACCAUUUCCGGAAGGAUGACAUCACGACUCAUGGAUGCGGCAACUAAGAAGAAGCCCGUAGACUUCUUCGAAUUGUCCAAUAAUACGGCGCUUGACAUAACAACUGCUUUGAACUACAGUGUGGAUAUAGACAGCGAGAAGGACAAAGACCACCCCUUUAUGAAAUGUCUUGACGCUAUUUAUAUGGGCACAGGUGGUUGGAGAGUCGUGAUGUUGUUCCUCAUGCCCAAGUUGUACAAGGCCCUGCUACCUGAUUAUCCUCAGAAGUCAAGCACUGAUGUAUUCAAGGCAUUCGUUUCUCAUCUAAUUGAAGAAAGAAGGUCAAAGAACAAGGAAGAAGAUGACUUCCUUCAAGUGUUUAUGAACGCUGAGUACACCUGGGAAAAUGGCGCAGAGAAAAAAUCCGAGAACGCUGAAGCUAAGAAAAUGUCCCUAGACGAGAUAACAGCCCAGGGGAUAACGUUCUUCGUUGCUGGAGUGGAGGGCGUCUCGUUGCUCGUCACCGCUACUACUUAUUACCUGGCCCUUAAUCCUGAUUGUCAAGACCGGGUCAUUGCCGAAAUAGACAAGGCACUCGGAAAGGGUGAACUCACAUACGAUGCUCUGCAAGAGAUGCAGUAUCUCGAUGCUUGCGUGAAGGAGGCGGCGAGACUUUGCACUCCCGAUUCACUGAGUUUGAGAGUCUGUACGGAGGAGACUACGGUGGCUGGAAUCCACUUUAAGCCAGGCAUGUGCAUCGACAUUCCUUUGGCCGGAAUGCACUAUGACCCGGAAUAUUUUCCUGAACCUGACAAGUUCAACCCAGAGAGGUUCAUGCCGGAGAACAAGGAUGCCGUGAGGCCAUUCACUUACAUGCCUUUCGGGGCUGGACCGCGCAAUUGUGUCGGCAUGCGUCUCGCCUUGAUCCAAGCAAAGACAACUCUCGUUUGUCUCCUUCAGCAUGUCAUGUUCGAGACUUGCCCAGGAACAAUGGUACCGCUGAAGUACAAGCCGGGACAACUGAUACUCUACUUCGACGGUCCAUUGCUGCUUCAGCCAGUAGCCCGUCAGCAACCUGCAAGCAACGUUUCCUAAUCAUCAAGUGUUUAUCCUAGUAAUCUGCGCAGAGCAAGCCAUUUCCUUUUUUUAAAGAUCCCAAGAGAGA